CGUCGCCCAUCCCCUCCUGUUAUUUUACCGCGCACAAGUUUGACCAUGGACGGAGGCUGCCUAGCUCCCACUUCAUUCUCCUGGUCCCCUUCGCUGGUUCGCCUUCACACGCGGAAAAAGUCUCCCUCUCCCCACCCUGUAGCUCCGUUCACAUUUCACGCCGGUGACGGGGCUCUAAAGCUUCCUCCACCCCCAGUCAACUACUCUAACCUGACCGCGCCAAAGGGAGAGUCGUUUUUCUUUAGUGUUUCGGUCGUUUUGCGCGGUGAGUGCGGCAUAACUUCCAAGAACUGGGGUUUGGAGAGGGGAGGGAGAAACAAGGGGGAGAAGACAACAGGUCGUACCGAUUGAUUGGGGCUGGAAAGUAGGAAGAGACUGAAGAAGAGUAGAGGAAAGAACGAGGAGGAAACAUCCAGGAGCUAGAGACGCCAGAGGAAAGAAACUUCAAUUUGGAGGCAGGAGUUCGCGCGACAGAGUUUCUCUGUUAUUCUCCUCUUUCUUAAGGCGAGCUCAAGAUUUUGCGAAAGGAGAAGUACUGAGGAUUCGGGAGUUCAUAAUGCUAGGUGAGGUGGCAACUGGUGUUCGAGCUUGGAAGACAUCCUUGACAGGCAUAGCAGUCUUCCGGUAACUGCUAUCUACAACCCGAUAGCUGUGUGCUGUGGGUGAUGCUCUGGAUCUUUCUUGAUCGAUGGCAAGUGCAAACACAGAAGGUUUUCGCCUUGUGAGAUGUCCCAAGUGUUUUAAUGUUCUCCCAGAACCGCCCAAUGUUACGGUCUACAGGUGCGGUGGGUGUAGCACCACUCUUCGAGCUAAAAUCCGUGCCGGCAAUGGACAACAAGCGGCCACGAAACAAGUUCGGCAAGACUCCGACAAUUAUUCGGUCGCCACCUCUGUGAGCAAUGGGGUGCCCCCUCAAAACAAAGACCAGGCAUCCAGUGGUGCUGCCAUGGCCAAUUCCUGCAUUGCCGAUGCUCCAAGCGCCGAGCAUGACAGCAAUGGCAUAAAGAGCAAUGAGAAUGGUGAUGUUUUGCUGGCUGAGAGGAAUGCUGUGGAGGUUGAAAAUACUGAGAACAAGGAUUCUCACAAUUUUGACGACCAGUAUACCAAUUCAAGGAUGGAAGGUCCUGCUGAACUGACACACCCCAAUCCAAAUGGCACAUGUUUAGAUCCCGGUGAAGCAGAAAACCACACAGUGGAACAAUCUGCAGAUAAUUCAGAGUCUUGCACAGCAAGAGAAGAUGAUGAUACGGAAUGCCGCUUAAAUGCCUCUGAAAACAAUAUGCUCUCUCCUGAGAGGAGCAAAGUAGCAGCCGUCAGUAUGCAAGAUUCUGAGCAGAAGGGAACAGGCGAAACCGAAGAUGCGGCAAACACGAAGAAUUAUCUUGUAAGGGUACAAUCUCGAUCUUGUGAUCUCCGAGCAUCAGGUAACUCACUUGAUUUCCAUUCUGCACGGACUUCCCUUCAGUCAAAGAGCUUCAGGGCAAGUGAACCUCUUCAAUCAAAGAUCAUGAACACAGUAGAUGAACUGAAAGGUGACCUUUCUGAAUUGUUCAGUAAACCUCCAGAUUGCAAGCCAAGGGCGUAUCCUCCACGUCAUUCCAAACAAGAUGGCUACAAGUCACGUGCAACCAUCACAUCCAGUGCACCUCUUGCAGCAUAUCAUCCUGCUGCUAAGCAUUCUAGCCAUGCAUCUCGCCUAAGCAGGUCCGGCCAGGUUGCUCCUCGUGGACUACCCUCACUGCGAUAUCGCCGGCACAGGGCUUACUCAUACCAUCACAGUGUUCAAAUGGAAAUGAGACCCUGCCGUCAUGAAUGCUGCCAUAGCUGCCGACCACCGUGUUACAGAUCCUGCAAACAAGAACCUGAAAUGCACGGGCCACCGGUCAAGGAGAUCAAGCGGCGGCCUCCCCCCAGACAUCACUGCCGGCCAGUCCUACGAGGUGCUCCAUUCGUCAUUUGCUCUAACUGUCUCAAUCUACUCCAGCUGCCCACUGAUUUCGCCGUCCCAGGCAAAGGGGCGCGCAGGGUCAAGUGUGGCUCCUGCUCUGAAGUUCUCUCCUACUCCUACAGGGACCCCAGUAGGAAGAAACUGCAGUCACCAUUCGGGGGUGAUGAGUACAGCACAGAUGGCUAUGAAAUUCACCAGGCUGCUGAUGGACAACAUAAUACCGGUUUCCAUCAAUCAGAAGCAAAACCGGUGUCCUACUCUGAAGAAUAUGGUCUCUCGUUCGGCGUCAGCUACUCUACCAGCACCGAGGACGGACAGCCUCUGCAUGUGUCAAGGAACUCAUCUUUCAACACCAAUGAUGAAACAAGGGCCAAAGAUGGUAAACUUCACCGGCUGAUGGGGUACUCUUCGGCCAGUGAGCUGCUUCGGCACUCCCCUGACCUGUACGAAAGCUUUGACAGGCGAACACCUGAUGCAAGAACACAUGUCGACAGGAAGGGCAAAGGCAUUUGCAUGGCCAACGAUGAUUCAGGUGAGCAGGACAGUGCAGUGAAGAGAUCAAAGGCGAGGAGUGUUGGCUUGCCACUCCAGGGAAUUCUGAAGAAGGGGAUCCAUGGACUGGAAUCCCUGAAACUCAGGUCGUAGUUAACACGGAUUGGUUCGCCAUGAUUUCGACGAAUUUAGGAAAAGGAUAGCAUACACGACAGGUUUAGAUUUUAGAAAGAGGUCCAGCUGUUGGCCUUCUGAUGGGUAUUUUUAGUAGCUCGCAUUCUGAUCUGUGCGUGCGUGUUAUCUGCAAUUCAUUUGUGUGUAAAGAUGUUUUGUUUGCAAUUUUGUGUGUUCUUUAAUGUGUGUAAGGUUUGCACCCGUGCAAGUAGUCGAUGUUGAGGAUGUACAUAUAUUAACGAUUUUUUGCACGGUUAAUUCGUGAUUUGUUUGGUUCGAUCUUGACAGAGGAGAUUGUUGCCUUUGGCCUUUUGGGAUU